AUGCCGAACCUCAAAAUAUUUGAUUUCAGCCGAUUUAUAAAAGUUGUCACAGAACUAUUCAGCUUAGAACGGGGAUCUUUCUCAGUUGUUGAAUGUUUAAAUUUAAGCUCAUUUAUUUCUCAAAAUAGUAUUGAAGCUGUCACUUGUUCUAAUGUUCGGCAGCUGACUGAAGACCAUGUUGGUGGUUUUUGGAAGAACGACGGUACCAGUACGCAAAAAUACCCCAAAAAAUUUAUUAAAGAGUGUCUUCGUGAGCUGCUGGGCCCGGUCACAAACCUCCAUAUCUAUAUCGAUUCUUGUGAAGCAUUGUUGUAUUCGUUCGAAUUUGUUCGGCAACUCAAAGAUGAAGAUCCAAAUCUUCAUACUGAAUUAUCUUUCAACGAAGAAGUAAAACAUCCACCCUAUCAAUCAGCCGUCAUUUUAGCAUUUGAAUGUAAUCGAAAUUAUGUUUUGGUAUUUGCUAAACUUGACGAAUUUCGCGAGCACAUGAACAACUGUACGUCAUUGGAAGAUAUUCAGGCAAAAGUGGAAUCAUCCGUUACUUUGCCUAUGCUGUCAGUUGUGGACAAGAUGUCAAAUGGCAUCGAAAUCUAUCGUUUGUUUAUGUAG